AUGCAGGUACCACUACUUCGCUUGCAAUGCGGCGUCAACAGCUACGACUGGGGCAAGGUUGGCCAAGAGUCGGCAGCGGCCAAGUACGCCGCCACAACAGCUGCUCCGGAUUUCACAAUUGAGGCUGACAAGCCCUACGCUGAACUCUGGAUGGGCACACAUCCAUCUCUUCCUUCCAAAGAUGUCGAGACUCAGCGCAGCCUCCUCGACAUGGUCCAGGAUAACCAGGCCUUGAUGUCCACAGAGAUCAGCGAACGAUUUGGAGGAAAACUCCCCUUCCUGUUCAAGGUGCUUUCCAUCCGUAAAGCACUCAGCAUCCAGGCCCACCCCAAUAAGAAGCUUGCGGAGCAGCUUCAUGCACGGGACCCGAAGAACUAUCCUGAUGAUAACCACAAGCCGGAGAUGACCAUUGCUAUCACUCCAUUCGAGGGAGUCUGUGGCUUCCGUCCCCUCGCAGAGAUUGUGCACUUCCUCCACGCUGUCAAGCCACUGCGCACUUUGGUUGGUGACCAGGCAGCCACUGAAUUCGAAAAGCUCGUCAAGGGCAACGAGGAUUCCGAGGACUCUGAAGGCAUUAAGAAGAACAAGGAUGCACUACGCUCCCUCUUCACCACCUUGAUGGAGUCUCCAUCCGAGAAGAUCGAGGCAGCCUGUAAGGAGCUGAUCUCGGAGGCAGAAAGCAACCCCGAUCGUUUCGCAACCCUGUCCGGUGAUGUGGCAACGAAUCCCACCAACCCUUCCGAGCUAGCUGCGCUUGCCAAGCGUCUGGACGGCCAGUUCCCCAACGACAUUGGCCUGUUUGUCUUCUUCUUCCUAAACUUUGUCAAGCUCGAGCCGGGCGAGGCUAUGUUCCUCAAGGCAGACGACAUCCACGCAUACAUCUCUGGCGAUAUCAUCGAAUGCAUGGCGUCCUCCGACAACGUCGUGCGUGCCGGGUUCACCCCGAAGUUCAAGGAUGUGUCCACUCUCACCCAGAUGCUGACCUACCGCUACGCGCCAAUCGAAGAGCAGAAGCUCCAGGCAACAGACUACCCCUACGCCACCCUGAAUGCCACCGCCUACUCGAGCGCGUCAUCCGCCAUCCUCUACGACCCUCCCAUCGACGAGUUUAGCGUCAUCAAGACUGACUUGAAUCGCAAAGGCGCCAAGGUCACAUUCGACGGUAUCUCAGGACCCAGUAUCCUGAUUUGCACACGUGGCAAGGGAAAGAUCACUGUCGGCCCCAAGACGGAGGAGGUCCAGGAGGGCCAUGUUUUCUUUGUUGGCGCUACUGCGGAGUGUAUUAUUGAGAAUACCGGCAGCGGCGAAGGCGAGGAUGAUGUUUUCACCACUUUCAAGGCAUUCUGUGAACUGCCCCCGACUGGUGAGGAGAGCUAG